AUGAGGAUGUGCAAUGCCACCGGCCACCCUCCUUUCUUCAUUCUCCAAGGCAUUCCUGGGAUGGAAGACAAACACCGCUGGAUGUCUAUCCCCUUCUCCUCCAUGUAUUUUGUCACUGUGCUUGGGAACUGCACCAUCCUCUUCACCAUCUCCACAGAGCGUUCCCUCCAUAAGCCCAUGUUCCUGCUUCUCUGCUUCUUGGCCCUCACAGACCUGGGCAUGUCUACAACCACCAUUCCUAAGGUGCUGUGCAUCUUCUGGUUUGGUCAGAGUAAGAUCAGCUAUGAAGGCUGCCUGGUCCAGCUGUUCUUCAUCCACUCCAUCUCUGCCUUACAGUCUGCAAUCCUAACGACCAUGGCUUUUGACCGCUAUGUGGCCAUCUGCAAGCCCUUGCAUUAUGCCACCAUUCUUUCUAACAGUCGCAUUGGGAUCAUCGGCCUUGUGAGCUUGGUGAGAGCCAUUGUGUUUAUUAUCCCCAUGCCCAUCUUCCUUCAGCAUAUGCCCUUCCAUGCCAACCGUGUCAUCCCUACCACCUACUGUGAGCACAUGGCUGUGGUAAAGCUGGUGUGUGUGGACACCACACUCAACCGUAUAUAUGGUCUCGUGAUAGCUCUGUUGGUGGUUGGGCUAGAUAUCUCAGCCAUUGCCUCCUCAUACGUGCUGAUCAUCCGGGCUAUCAUGCGUCUGUCUUCUAAGGAAGCCCACCACAAGGCAGUGAACACCUGCACCACACAUAUCUGUGUCAUGCUCAUCUCUUACACACCUUCGCUUUUCUCCUUUCUUACCCAUCGCUUUGGCAAAGGCAUUCCACCUCAUAUUCACACGAUCCUUGGCAACCUCUAUUUCCUUAUACCUCCAAUGCUCAAUCCUAUCAUUUACGGAGUGAAAACGAAGGAGUUUCGGGACAAAGUGACCAAGUAUCUGUGCCUGAGGAAGGAGCCCAUCACCACUGCUCACGGUCAGAAAAUCGUUUGA